UACAAAUGUCAUCUGGCGGCUGCAGCAGAACGACUGUGCCGCGCGCGAGGAGACGCAACCCGGAAAAAAAAAAUAACGGACCGUCCACACAUGCGCGCGCAGUGCGCGGGUGACACGCCAGUUGACUUCACGAUGGCACGGCGCGCGCUACGCACACACUGAGGGAACAUUGAUUGGAGUAGACAUGUAUGUCAGAAGAGUCAACGGCAUCCUAAUUUUGAACUAAUUGCGUGUUUCCGGGCAGCUUUUGUGUCAAACCGGUGUGGGUUUGUAUUGUCUGGUAAAACACGUACUCGUCAGUGGCUUCGUGUGAGUCAGUAAUACGGAUGCGUGACGAUUUGGUGUCACAUGUAGAGACUUCAACAGAGGACGACGUGCACGCCGGCCGGCAGAUGGCGCCACUAACGCGUUGUAUUGUCCAGUGGUGGGUGACGACGACUGGGACAAAGGAUGCACGUUUGAGCAGACGUAGAAAUGUAUUGCUGGAGUGGGAAAUAGACAUAAAAUGAUAUGAAUGUAUGUUCAAUAAAAAUGUACUUAUAUGUAUGAUAUAGUGUUGAUUGUUAAUUAUGUUUCACACGUAAUUCUGAUUAACUUGCGUGUAUUAGAAGGCUUUAAUCAAUGCAAAUAGUUGGAUAUUCACUUACACCUAAUAUCUUGUCCAAGAGUCCAACAAACUAUAGUCUCAAUAUAAAUAUAUAUUAAAUGUAAAUGCCCGAAGCUAUAGUACAUGUUAGGAAAAAAAGCUUUGUUUUUAUUUCACAUUAAACAUCCGAAUACCAGGUCAGAAUGCUUCUUCCCGAAGGUCAACUUCAGGCUAUCAAACUGUCAGUAGGAGGCGUAAUUUACAAACUGGUGUUGCCGUAUAAAUUGGGUUUGAAUUUUACUUUUACUAAAAAAACACCAACGUUUGGUCUGAGUUUGCUAAUAAUAACUAUAGAGUCAUCUCGUGUGGGCUCAUUGUGUUUUUUUUCUUACGUUUAAUAAGCAAGAUGUCUAAAAAACUACCGGAAUACACAAAAUUAAAAAAACAAAGCUAAAACAAAUACUGCACUCGUCCACAGUCAUAAAAAGCGACGCGAGUGACACAAAAAGGUGCGACGUAAUAAUAAAUGUACCGGCGUUACGUCCACCGACCGUGCUGCAUGACAUUUGAACGCACCAAUCAGUCGCUCGGGAGCUGAUUGAGUCUACUUCCCUACAUUGGAGCAGCUGAAGGGGGAGUGAGGUGAAAGCGGACGGACGGUCGAUCUCGAACGGAUAUCUCUCCACAUCCUCCCGACUCUGCGAGGGGGACCUUCGGCACACCGCGGCCCGUCUAUCUCUCUCUCUAUCUCUCUCUCUUUUCCCCGACGCUCCGCGCCUCCGGGUCGCGGUUAUUCUGCUUUCGCCGCGAGCCAUGGCCGGUAUUUUGGCGUGGUUUUGGAACGAGAGGUUCUGGCUCCCGCAUAACGUAACCUGGGCUGACUUAAAGAACACCGACGAAGCGACCUUCCCGCAAGCGGAGGAUCUGUAUCUGGCGUGUCCUCUAGCCUUCUGCAUCUUCAUGAUCCGGCUGGUUUUCGAAAGAUUUAUAGCAAGACCAUGUGCCAUGGGGCUGAAGAUCCAAACCAACGGGCCGCAAAAAGCACAACCCCACGCCAUCCUGGAGAAGGUUUUCACUGCUAUAACCAAGCACCCAGAUGAGAAGAGACUGGAGGGCCUGUCCAAGCAGCUCGACUGGGACGUGCGGACCAUCCAGCGCUGGUUCAGACAACGUCGGAACCAGGAGAAGCCCAGCACUCUCGCCCGAUUCUGUGAAAGCAUGUGGAGAUUUACGUUCUAUCUAUACAUAUUUACCUAUGGAGUGCGUUUCCUUAAAAAGACUACAUGGCUUUGGAAAACUAAAGACUGCUGGUACAACUACCCAUACCAGCCGCUGACUGUGGACAUCCAUUAUUACUAUAUACUGGAGCUGUCUUUCUACCUGUCAUUACUCUUUUCUCAAUUCACAGACAUCAGGAGGAAGGACUUCCUGAUCAUGUUCCUGCACCAUGUUGCAACGAUCUCUCUCAUCACCUUUUCCUAUGUGAACAACAUGGCACGAGUGGGAACUCUGGUCAUGUGUCUCCACGACGCAGCCGACGUGCUCAUAGAGGCUGCCAAGAUGGCCAACUAUGCCAAAUGUCAAAAAUUGUGCAACCUCCUGUUUGCGAUGUUUGCAAUUCUCUUCGUAAGUUCCAGGCUGGGAGUUUAUCCUGUCUGGAUAUUAAAUACCACCUUCUUCGAGAGUUGGGAAAUCGUGGGGCCCUACCCGUCCUGGUGGGUCUUCAACCUUCUUCUGAUCCUGCUGCAGCUUCUUCACUCCUUCUGGUCCUACCUCAUAGUGAAGACGGCGUGCCGAGCCAUCUCCAAAGGGAAGGUGGGAAAAUGGAAUCCGUUGCAUGUGUCAAAGGAUGACCGCAGCGACAUUGAAUCCGGCUCUGACGAGGACGACAGUCCCCCGACCAAUCACAAGCACCACAGCAGCAGCAGCAGCACCACCAACGGGACCAACAAAAGUCACGGGACCAACGGCUACCUGACGGGGGCCCCGUAUCCCGACGAACACUGACUGUGUGUGCGUGUGCGUGCGCGAGUGUGUGUGUGUGGUAGAGACAUGCACAUUGCCUGUCUGGUACUGGAAUUGUUGACAGAUUAAUGUGAACGCAGUUUUGUUAUAAUUUGAUUCUUUCCUAAUUUCCGUGCACAAUUGAUUCACUUCCUCUAUAUACUUACAUCAAACUGCACUUAGUUAAAUAUCAGCACUCCUAUUGGUACAACCCACUCUGUUCAGCCCACAACCGAAAGCAUUCCACUUGAUGGUGUACGCAUGCUACUUUAACAUACAGUAGUCUGGCAUACUGGGGGUGAGUUAUGUUCCUAUGUUUACGUCCUUGUAUGUUAUUUAUUCUUUUAUGAAUAUGUUAGGAGAUUGUUAGACAUCUUUUUUUUGUUGCAUUGAUGCUGGUGUUAAAGAGGGAAUUCUCUUUUUAUCUGAAACACCUUUUAUUUUUUUUCACACCGCCCAUCAUGACAAGUAUUUGCAUAAUACUGAAGACCUGAGUUUAUUUUUAAUGCUACACCCCCAAAGAUAUGCCAAAAUGUGUGAUGUUUACUCUCAUUUUAAAACCCAUUCUCCACUUAAACUGUAUACGAGAUGUCAAUAACAGUGUUAUGUAUGUGCACCAAAUAUGGCUAGAUGCUAUAUUACAUCAUUUUGUUAAGUAUUCUGAUACAUUUCCAGUAAGCAUUUUAUUAAAGGCCAUUGGUCUUCUAUGGAGGCA